UCGUGUGUGUCUGUCCGAGAGUCAGCUGAGCGACAAGUCUGUGGAAGUUGUUCUUUUCUCCACGGGAAUUUCAACCACUUGAGACUGAGAAACUACAGUUCUUCACUCACUUUUAUAAUCAGUACAGUUUAGAAAAAAAAAAAAAAAAAUUAAAAUAAAUAUUGUACUUGAGGAGGACUGCUUCCAUUGUCGUUUUCCGCGCGGGAAUAUCUGCGGGCUUAGUUAGGUUCCUGUUUCACCAGCCAGAAGUGAAUGUGACAGUGGAACAGAAGACAUCAAUCACUGAUGAACAUGGCUGUAGCUGGAUGUCCAGACUACUUUCUACAUCAUCCAAAUUACCAGCAGGAUAAUGUAGACCGGCCCUCUGAACGCACAUCCACCGACCUGAUUGGACAAAGUUUUCAGAAUUCACCUGCUCAUCAAGAUGAUGAUGUAGACCUGGAGGCCUUGGUGAAUGAUAUGAACUCGUCCUUCGAGAGCCUGUACCCCCAGUGCAGCACUCAGACAGAAGCCUCACCCCUCCUACACAAUGGCCAGCCGCACCGUGCCCCCCCACAGAGCGGCAGCCCCCUGCAGCCCGCCUCCCCCGGACACAGGGUUCGCCGCUCACAACCUAUGCACAUCCUUGCAGUCAGGAGACUUCAAGAGGAGGAGCAGCAGCUGAGAACCUCUUCACUGCCGGCGAUCCCGAACCCCUUCCCGGAGCUGUGCAGCCCUACGAGCUCCCCGGUGCACAGCCAUGGCUCCUUACCACAGUGUCAGCCAUCUGGAAAAUACAUUGUGAAAGUUUUCAGUGAAGAUGGCACAGGAAAAGUGGUGGAGAUUCCAGCUGACAUGACCGCCAGGGACCUCUGCCAGCUACUUGUGUACAAGAGCCACUGUGUGGAUGACAAUAGUUGGACACUUGUGGAACAUCACCCUCUUCUUGGCCUAGACAGGUGUUUGGAGGACCACGAGCUGGUGGUGCAAGUGCAAGCAUUGAUGUCGAGUGAAGGCAAAUUUCUGUUCAGGAAGAACUAUGCCAAAUAUGAAUUCUUCAGAAAUCCCUUGAACUUCUUCCCAGAACAGAUGGUCGCAUGGUGUCAGGAGACAAACGGCUCAAUUCCGCCAUCUCAGCUCUUACAGAAGUUCUUAAAUUCCAGUGGAUGUCCUGAAAUACAGGGAUUUUUGUAUCUGAAGGAUGUGGGAAGAAAGUCGUGGAAGAAACUGUAUGUGUUUCUAAGACGUUCAGGGUUGUACUUUUCCAUUAAAGGAAUGUCUAAGGAACCCAGGCACUUGCAGUUGCUUGCCGACCUUGAAGACAGCAACAUCUUCACAGUAAUAACAGGCAAAAAGCUGCACAAUGCGCCAACAGACUUUGAGUUCUGCAUAAAGCCAAACAAGGUGAGGAGUGACUUCAAGGAGUUGAGGAUGAUGUGCGCAGAGGAUGAGCAGAGCAGGACAUGCUGGAUGACUGCGUUCCGGCUCCUGAAGUACGGAAUUUUGCUUUAUCAGAACUACAAGAUACCCCAGCAACGGAAAACAUUGCUCUCUCACUUUUCAACACCUAUGCGAAGUGUGUCUGAAAACUCUCUGGUGGCCAUGGACUUCUCAGGAAGGAUAGGGCGGGUGAUCGACAACCCAGUGGAGGCGCAGAGUGCUGCCCUGGAGGAGGGCCAUGCGUGGAGAAAACGAAGUCAGCGAAUGAAUGUUCUUGGUAGCCCUGGUCCACUUCAUCCUUCCUCGCUUAGCACAGUGAUUCACAGAACGCAGCUGUGGUUUCACGGGAGGAUCACGCGAGAAGAGUCCCACAAGAUGAUCAUUCAGCAAGGACAAGUGGACGGUUUAUUCCUCCUGAGGGACAGUCAGAGCAAUCCAAAAGCAUUUGUCCUGACAAUGUGCCAUCACCAGAAAAUCAAACAUUUCCAGAUCUUACCGUGUGAAGAAGAUGGACAAAUCUUCUUUAGCCUUGAUGAUGGGUCUACCAAAUUCAGCGACCUGAUACAACUUGUGGAAUUCUACCAGCUCAACAGAGGAGUCCUGCCUUGCAAACUUAAGCAUCCUUGCACAGUAGUGGCCUUAUGACCAAGACCGAUAAAUGACCUUAUAGAACACCUUGUCCUGUUACAUUAAGCUACCAGAGACUGCUGAUGGGGAUAUUUUUGUAUAUAUUGACUAAAAAAUUACAUCAAAGACAAAAGACAACAUAGUUCAAGAUCAUUCUUUUAUCUGCCAGUACAUUGACAUCGAUUGACAAACUGAAUAGUUAUUAAAUGUAUUAUCCUAGCCACACUCAUCUGGUAAAUACUUUUAUGCUGUUUAGGAAGGACAAAACUCAGUAAGCAUGUUUGCAAUAUUGUUCAUGACAUGGAUGAGAACCUUUUGUUUUAACCCCACCCCAUUUGCACUCUUUGAAAAAUGGCCUUGAUUUUUCUGAAUAUUGCAUUUCCAAAACAGUCUUUAUGAACAAAUUGGCUUAAUGUUGGAAAUCCUUUGUGGUGAUUAGAUGCAAGAAGUUGACAGUGGAGGGGGGGUAUGUUGAAACUGACCGUAAGUGUUGUAGCUGUCGAACUGUAUGAGCUGUUGCUUUGGAGCAGCUGGGUAACGUACGUAUGUGUGGGUGGGGUGGGGGUCGGGGGAGGGGGGGUGCUUCUCACAGCCCAUACAGUCCUUUGCAGGAUGUGUGUUCUUCAGACAAAGGGUUAUGGCCUUUACGUGCAUACAUAUAUUUCUGAGAAGCUUGUUGUAAUACUCUUGAUGGGGAAAGAUCUUGUGUAUAGAUACAUGGAACAUUGACUUUAAUACAUAUACCUACAACAUCCAAUCUUUUCCAACCUCCUCCUCCCAGCCCCAUCCACCACACUUCAGGAAAAGAAUAAUCAUUUCUCUUCAUUAUUUCUUCACAUUGUUGGGCUUGUAAGUAGCAUUUUAUUGAAAAGCUUGUGCUGCUUAAAGUGAAAUUAAGCUAUGGGAUGCUGUGUGGUCGUGUGGUCUUGUGCUCCUAUGAUGUGACUGAGAACUUAGGAAGAAAGAAUUAAUGCCUUGGAGAUGUGAUGGGAAUAGGAACCAUGUUAUUGGGGAGGACUGUUGCCUGAGAACCUGCCUGUAGAGCGCUUGUCUUUCAGAAAACGGAAUAUUACCACUACGCCCCCAGGAAACUUAGGACCGUGACCUCAGCGUUUGGGACCGGUAACUCACUUUUGACAUCUGUGGACCAUGUGGUCCUCAUGGAGAAACUAGAAAUGCAAUGGGGAACUGGUGUCGUGGAUGAAAUCAGUUUUUCUGUUUAGUGUUGGUCCCUCGUGUGUUACGUUGUACAGUAACAGUAUGUUAGGUGAACGCCCAUGUAAUGAGGAAUAGAGGGAGUUACUUUUCAGUUAUCUUUGUUUUUAUCACCAUAACUGGAAAGAUCGAGACUGAAGAGCCAUCAUUUUGGACCUUUUUAUAACCACGCAAGUAAAAAUUGAUGGAAUAACCGAAUUGCCACGCUAAGUUCUCUGUAUGCUAUACCGCUAUUUAACUGAAAAGCAGCCGAGUUUCAGAUGUUUCAGAAACGUAUUUAUCUGAAGUUAAUUACUUGAAAUUAGAUAUAUUCUCAGUGCUCUGCAGUACAGCUUUUUUUUUCUUGAAAAUGAUUGAACCUCUUUAAUUUAGCUACUGUUCAAAUUACCAAGUGCAUUUUUUUUUUGUAUACUUAAACUGCAAUUAACUGUAGCAAACAUUUUUUGAAGUAAUAUGUAAAGCACAUUAGCUUUUUCUGAUGGUUAGUUAACAUGGUUCACACAGUACAAAUUUUGGUGUACAUGUAUGAAAAUUUACACCCCCCCCGCCAAACAUUUGUUAGGGUUUUCAUCCUUUUAACAUGUUAUGAUCCAGCUGCUCUGUACACUCCAGCUGGACAUAAAGGUGAGUAAAAUUUGGCAGCUAGAAAUAUCGCCAUGUAUUUAUAGUCAUGUCUCUUGUACCACAAGAGAAAUAUAAGGCCUAUUAAUACACCACAUGAUAUUUGCAAUAAAUGGGAUACAAGCAAGAUGUAGCUGCCAUAGUAGUUCCCUAUGUUAUGCAAUUUCACGCAAGACUACUUGAAUUAAGCACUUUUUUGGAAGUCUUUGUAUGAAUAUUGUACUUGUUCCAGAGACCCAUUCAAUCAGUUUCAGUAUUUUAAUUUUGUCGGUCCACUCACUUGAUAAUUCCAGUUUCAUAUUGCUGCAGUAAGAAACCAGAUUGGCCUAAUUUGCUUAUGUUGCUUUAAAUAUGAUACAUGCAAUUUUCUUAAGGAAUAGAUGUAUAUUGCAUAAAAGUCAUAAUAUAGAUGUAACACUUUUGUAGGUUACAGAUCACCAUGUAUGGCAUUUCAUCAUAGCUGCAUAUAACAUGAAGA